AUGGGCCUAUUAACACAAGGACGUCCAUUAAGUUGGGCAGAAACAAAAAAAUAUGUUCAAUAUACACGUGAACAUGGUGUAGAACAAUUUAUAAAUCUUUAUAAAAAACUUAAAGAUCGCCGAAAUGAUUGUCUUAAAUGGGGAGAUGAGGUAGAAUUUAUUAUGGUUCGUUUUGAUCAUGAAAAGAAAAAAGUACAAUUAGUUCUCAAAGCUCAUAAACUUCUACCUAUUCUUAUGGAACCUGAAAAUCAAAAUUGCGAUAAUUGUACAUCACUAUGGCGACCAGAAUAUACAGAUUAUAUGAUUGAAGGAACACCAGGUAAACCAUAUGGAUAUCUACCAGCACAUUUCAAUAUGGUAGAAGCUAAUAUGCGUUUACGACGAAAACAAGCUCAAGAAUUACUUGAUAAGGAUGAAUAUGUAUUAAGUACUUCAAACUUUCCACGAAACGGAUGUCCUGAUUGUACAUGGCCUACAUAUAAAUCAACAUUAGACACAUCGGUAUCUAAUUCACUCUGUUUUCCAGAUCAAGUCAUAUUUCCUGAUCAUCCUCGAUUUAAAACAUUAACACAAAAUAUCCGUUCACGACGUGAUGCUAAAAUUGCUCUCAAUGUUCCGAUUUUCAUUGAUACAAAUACUCCUCGACCAUUCAUUGAAGAUUUUUCUAUUUAUGGUGAUGAUUAUGGUGCUUAUGGAACUGCUGCUCUUAAAGAUCAUAUCUAUCUUGAUGCUAUGGGUUUAGGUAUGGGUUGUUGUUGUUUACAAGUUACUUUUCAAGCACAAUCAAUCGAUGAAGCACGAUUUCUUUAUGAUCAACUUACACCAUUAACUCCUAUCAUGUUAGCAAUGAGUGCAUCAUCACCAAUUUGGCGUAGAUAUUUAGCUGAAAUUGAUUGCCGAUGGAAUGUUUUAUGUGCAAUGUCUGAUGAUCGAACAGCUGAGGAACGAGGAUUUGAACCAUUAAAAAACGAUCGAUUUCGUAUACCUAAAUCUCGUUAUUCAAGUGUUGAUUGUUACAUAUCACCUGAAAGUGCGAAAUACAAUGAUAUUGAAAUUGUUCAAGAUAUGAAUGUUUUUAAUAAACUUAUUGAGAAUGGUAUUGAUCAUUUAUUAGCCCAACAUAUCGCACAUUUAUUUAUUCGUGAUACAGUUAUUUUAUUUGAAGAAAACCUUCAUCUUGAUGAUACAAAGGAUACUGAUCAUUUUGAAAAUAUUAAUUCAACUAAUUGGCAAUCAAUGAGAUUUAAACCACCUCCAGUUAAUAGUAAUAUUGGUUGGCGAGUAGAAUUUCGACCGACAGAAUUACAAAUGACUGAUUUUGAAAAUGCAGCAUUUGUCACAUUUAUUGUUUUAUUAACACGUGCAAUUAUGACAUAUAAUUUAAAUUUACUUAUACCUAUUUCUAAUGUUGAUGAAAAUAUGCAAGUUGCACAGCAACGUGAUGCAUUUCGACAUCAAAAAUUUCAUUUUCGAAAAUCUCUUUCAACAAAACAAACACCUAAUACACCUUGUAUGAAUUCUGUUCAGAAAAAUAUAUUUCAAGAAGAUAAUCCUGAAAAUCGAUGUGAACAUCGUCUUAUGACAAUCAAUGAAAUCAUAAAUGGAUCAAAUGAAUUUGUUGGUCUUUUAAAUAUUGUUCAAGAAUAUUUAACUAAUAUCGAAGUUGAUGCUGAUACACGAUGUACUAUUAAUCAAUAUCUAAAUUUAAUUAGUCAACGUGCUGCUGGUACGUUAAUGACAAAUGCUAGUUGGAUGCGUCAUUUUGUAGCAAAUCAUCCAUCGUAUAAACAUGAUUCAGUUGUAACAGAUGAAAUCGCUUAUGAUCUUUUAUGGAAAAUGAAAAAAAUAGCAAAUGAUGAAGAUCAUUGUCCAGAAGUAUUACCAAAAAUGUCAUCGAAAACAACACUUGAUGUAUCAGCAGCAAUUCAAAAAGCUAAUAAUGAAUUAGAAGUGAAACGAUCUUUAAUACAACAAAAUCAAUCAUUAAAAAAUUAA